AUGGGACGUGAUAAGGAUAUUAUAAGAGAUCCAUUAGAAUCUUCUUCAUUACAUCUAAAAUCUACCCUUGAUCGACAUCUGUAUAUAUCACCAGAAACAGAUGUUUCAUUAUCUACACUUUGUUAUGAUAAAGUUUUAUGUUAUAUAUCAAAUAUAAUUGGUCAAGGUUCAUUAAUUGAAAUUGAAGAAAAUUUAAAACGAUAUUUUUCAUCUGAAGAUAUCAAUCAAGGAUAUUUAAAUUUAAAAAAUUGUCUAAAUUAUUGUUUAUCGACAUUAGAUUCUGAUAAAGAACAAUCUAUUUAUAGUAUUUUUCAACAAUGUUUAAUCAGUUUAAUUGAUUCAAAAUCAUUAUUAUUAGUAAUGGAAACAAUACAUAAGAAUCAUUUAUUUUCAUAUUUACCAUUAUUUGUUUCCAAUGAUUGGCUUCAUAUGAUUCGUAGUGUACAAAAUCUUGAAAAACUUGAUAGACCAUCAAUACCAAUUGGUCAUGUUCAACGACAGCUAUCUAAUUUAAACGAUCAUUUAACUCCAUUGCAUCAGCCUGUUAAUAAUAUUGAUCAAUUUUCAUCAAUAAUGCACUCACUACCAUCAUCAUUAAAUGAUCAAUGUUGUUUACGUACAUAUUGUGCUCAUAAUAAUGCUCUUUUUCAUUCAACAAUAUCAAAUGAUUCACCAUCGUCAUCAUGGGUUUCAUUAAAUAUUGAUACUCAUCCAAUGACAAGAAUUGCGGGUCUUAUUCGAAAUCCAGUAACAAAUUUUAUGAUGCCAACAGCACCAGCUCUUUCCGAAAUGGAAUUAUCAAUAAAUUCAAUGGAUGAUAAUAUAAGUAGUGAUGAAGAGCAAGAAUUAUCAUUACCUUUAUUUACACGAAGUUUGUCUUAUCAACCACCAACACGAAGAACAAGCUCAAUACUUGUUAAACGUGAUGAUGUUUUAUGGAUAUAUCCAGCUGCAGUUAUAAAACGAAAAACUAAUACACUUUUUUCAUCUGUUCAUGAAGAUACAGAUGAAUAUGUAUUUAAACCAAUGCGUACACGAGCCAAUAGUUGUGAUAAUGCUUUGACUAAUAAGAAAACACAAAGUCAAUUCUUGAAUAGAAGAACUUUAAGACCGAAAAAACCUUUAAUAAAACCAACCAGAGUUGAAGUUGAAGAAACACCUUGGUUUCCACAUCGAAUCAGUGAUUUAGAUCAAUGUUCAAAUAAAGUUCUUUUAUAUGGAGCAGAUCUUGAUGCUGAUCAUCCAGGUUUUACAGAUAAGGUUUAUCGAGCUCGUCGUAUGUAUUUUCAUGAUUUGGCUAUAGCAUAUAAGCAUGGAGAUCCAAUUCCACGUGUAGACUAUACUAAAGAAGAAACAGAAACAUGGGGUGCAGUAUUUCGAAAUUUAAAUAAAUUAUAUCCAACACAUGCUUGUAAUGAAUAUUUGGCUAAUUGGCCAUUAUUAAGAGAACAAUGUGGUUUUCGAGAAGAUAAUAUACCACAAUUAGAAGAUAUAUCGCGUUUUCUUCGUGAACGUACGGGUUUUACAUUACGUCCAGUCGCUGGUUAUUUAUCACCAAGAGAUUUUUUAUAUGGUCUAGCAUUUCGUGUAUUUCAUUGUACACAAUAUAUUCGACAUUCAUCAAAUCCAUCAUAUACACCUGAACCAGAUUGUUGUCAUGAAUUACUUGGUCAUGUUCCACUCUUAGCUGAUCCUAAUUUUGCUCAAUUUUCACAUGAAAUUGGCUUAGCUGCUAUUGGAGCUUCAGAAGAUGAUAUUAAUCGAUUGGCAACGUGUUAUUUUUUUACAAUUGAAUUUGGUCUAUGUCGUCAAAAUGAAGGUCUUCGUGCAUAUGGUGCUGGUUUACUUUCAUCAUGUUCUGAAUUACAACAUGCAUUAAGUGAUGAAGCAAAAAAACUACCAUUUGAUCCUGAUAUUGUAUGUAAAACAAAAUGUUUAAUAACAACUUAUCAAGAUCAAUAUUUUGUUUCGGCUAGUUUUAUUGAUGCAAAAGAAAAAAUGAGACAAUUUGCAUCAUCAAUUAAACGUCCUUUUGCAGUACGUUAUAAUCCAUAUAAUCAAAGUAUUGAAAUUGUUUCAAAUACUCAACAUGUGGCACAAAUAAUAUCUGAUCUUAAAGGUGACAUGUGUAUUAUAUUUGAUGCAUUAAAAAAAAUAGAAAAUAGCAUUAACAAUGACAAAUAA